AUGCCUGCCUGUUCCCUGUCUCUGCCCAUGGCCACCCGAUGCCUGGUCCUCCUCACCGGGGCCCUCCUGGCAGCCUCCCAGCCGGACGCACUGCUGGUCUUCCCGGGCCAGGUGGCCCAGCUCUCCUGCACGGUCAGCCCCCGCCCGGGUGCCAUCUGGGACUACGGAGUGUCCUGGUACCAGCAGCGGGCAGGGAGCGCCCCGCGGUACCUUCUGUACUACCGCUCUGAGGACGACCAGCACCGGCCUGCUGACAUCCCUGCCCGCUUCUCGGCAGCCAGGGACACGGCCAGCGACGCGUGCAUCCUGACCAUCAGCCCCGUGCAGCCGGAAGACGAUGCGGAUUACUACUGCUGCGUGGGCUACGGUUCCAGACCCUAG